AAGUUAACUUUUUACUGCAGCUUCUGGCUUCAGUGCAAAGUGCCUCUCUUUCAGACUGACUUAAUAUUUAACUCUGACGGGUUGUGACUAAGAAGCUUGGAAGCCUGGAGCAGCAAGAGAAAGAGGUGAUGGGACUGUAUAAGCAAAGUGAGAAAUGCUAAUUUUAGGCAUUUUAUCUACAUAGAUUCAUUAAGAGAUGAUGAAGAUGAUGGAACUAUUUCACUCUUCCUCUGGUUUUUACAGAGUUACAAAAAAUGGAAGGGAGGUGACAGACUGCAAGAAAUAAAGUCACAGAUCCUGUAUUGUUAAAACAGGACAAAAACGUCCAUUUGUUAUUAUGGGCAGUGGCAGUAGUAAGAGCAAGAGGAGAGCAAUCAAGAUCUGUAGCAAUCAGUUGCUAGAACCGCCAGUUGCACCGAUAGGUAGCAAGAAAACAGUCACCUGUGAUCAAAAGAAGGAGGACAAUAACAAAGAAACAUCCGCGGAAGGGAGCAACACUACUUUAACUGAGAAAGACAGAUUCAUAUCAAUUGACCCAGAUCUGAAGCUAAUAGAAGAUAUCUUAACAGAGUCUGAAGAUUGUUUUUUUUGGCCAGCAUCUUCCUUUGCAAGGCAGAUGGUGACACGUUCUCAAAAUGCGAACACCAGCCACGGGUCACUGUUCCAAAUCCCGCAGAAUCAAAGUGCGGAUAAUAAGAAUUUACAGAUAAUAAAAAAAACAAUGUCCGUGUGUGAAGAGUCUCAGAACAAAUAUCAAACAGCGAGGGACAGCUGUAACACAACAGCGCCAGUACAACAAGUCCUAGAUAUUGAAAACAACAACCUGCCAAAGUUUUCAAACACAUUUCUGGCUCCAGCAGAGACAUCAACCCCCAUCACAUAUAAUGAUGUGGAGGAAGCACUGAUGGACAGCAUUGAGAAGGACUUUUCAUACAUCCAUUCUACAUCACCACUUCAAUGUGGAGAAACAUAGACAGGAAAAUAAGCAACAGAACAGAUAUAAUGAAGUUGGUUUUAUAGUUUCAUGGGCUUAUUUUUUAGCACAAAGUGCAGUAACCCAUGUAAACCUAUAUUGCAAGUAUCAACUAAAAAGCAACAUAAAAGAAAACUGAGAGCCUCAUGACACUAACUGGAUAUAGCUGCCCAAUCCCCGCUUCUGGGACAUGAGUGAUAAUGAGUGAUGACACAUCUACUAUAAAUUGUUUGGGUCCCACGUCAUGUAUAAAGUGUGGUGCUCCUAAAUAUUUGAAGGCAUAUUUAGGAUGUCUACCUGGGCAUUGUUUUCCUGCAUUUGAAAUAUGUUUGAAAUACUUAUGAACCCUAGGUCAGCAGAUUCCCAGUGCAUUUGGUGGAAAUGUGUAGAAGACAGUUUAGAGGCUGCAUUUCUCCUGCUGUGUUCAAAGAAACACAAUACAUACCUUUUCUUAACAAAUGCUGCAUUUUGCUCUCAAAUACAGGCAAAUUGUUUUGAGGAAAGAAGACGUGAUUGUAGCCGUAUUAGUGCAAUUGUGAACUGCUUGGACCUUGAAGAAUGGGGCAUACCCCGAAAGCUUGUCCUGAAAAAUUGUAUGUUAGGGCAAAUAAAGUAUCACAGACAGUACUCAAUUUUCUCUGAGGAAAGAAGAGAAAUCUUGAGAAAGGAUGGAGAGGGGACAUAAUUGAAACUUUCCAAUACGUAAAGGGUACGAUAAAGAUUCAAGAGGGCAGUACUUUCAAUAUAAAGCUAAGAUUGAGAACAGAAGAACAUAUCCUCAAACUAGGAGAAAAGUUCAAAACUAAGUUGGAAUAGACUUCCAGCAGUGAGGUAGUGAGCCAGGCAACAGUACAUUAAUUUAAACAUGCUUGGGACAAACAUAGAUCUAUACCAGGCAGGGCUCAAGUCCUGCGGGAAUGCGUGGGAACGGA